AUACACACAGAUUACAGACACAUAUUUCAAAUAUUCACUGACUGGAUUGUAAAUAUAAACCAUCCACAGACCCAAAUCAUUAGUUAAGCUAGAUCAACGCGGUGCACCGGGCAGUCGGUCCGUUCACACGCUUGGAUUUAGAGCCAAUCUUGAGUCAUUGAAAAGAUGAACUUGUAACAAUUACGUUGAUUGAAACAUUUUAAUGCUAUUUAUAGGUCUAUUGAAGGUUUAUCUAUUUUGAUGUAUGCAGGAUAUAGUAUUCCAAACGGAGAUUAAUUGCGACAUUAGUUUAAUGAAAGCCGUUCAACGAAGCUUGUUCUCGUCAACUGUGAUUGAUUUGUUCGUUCUGAUUGUACUUUCAAAAGUGUCUCCUCUGGAAUUGGGAUAACUAUGAUGGACAUUCGACAAUACUAUCGAUGAGUAAGACUAGACACGAUAUAUAGGAAAUAUAUUCUCAAUAAACCAAACAACGGGACUUCUGUUGUGACUUAAGUAAAAUGGAUUUUAAAAAUGAGGAUAAUGGGACCACCGAUUUUAAUUUCACGGAUUACUUCAAGCUGAACUUUAAUUUUUCUAUCGAUUAUUACAAUUUCACACCGAACGCUCUUGCUGUCGAGGAAUUUUCAUCGGCCGUGACUUUUGGAAUUAUUGCUGGUUUAUUGUGCGUUUGUGCAAUUUUUAUUAAUAUUUUAAGCAUAAUCGUGAUAAAUCGGGUAGUGACAAAUUACAGUGCUAUCUAUGUAUUAUUUAUAAAUCUUUCAAUAGCUGAUAUGUUAUGUGCUUUGUCGACAUCUUUAGAAAUCUUUCCCCGGCUGAUGAUUGGAGGUGCUACCUGGUACACAUUACAUCAUUUAACAUUCUCUGCUCAUUGUCACGCGGUCAGCGUCAUCUUGUUUGCCACGUUCUACUGCACAAGCGCUUCUCUGUUACUUAUCCUCGCAGUUCUGCGAUAUAUCGCCAUUUCUCAACCGACACUAUACGCUAAUGUAUCCAAGAAGUGGCAUAUGUACGGUUGCAUCGCCUUGGCAUGGUUGGCAUCUCUCAUCAUAAGCCUCCCGGGAGUCGCCGCCUUUCUCCAUGGUCAAGACGUGAACAUAUCGUGGGACCAAGUUUGGCCAUGUCUGCUCGGAAUAAUCUACUUUAUUGUCAUUUUCCUGUAUAUUAAAGUGUCUAUUAGUCUUUUGCGUUUGUCACAAAUGGGAAGAUCUACCCAGCUCAAAGAGAAUCACAAGGCGUUCGCCACGAGCGUCAUACUUAUGACAACGCUCAUCCUAACCGCCGUACCUUACAUAACAGUUAAGUUAAUACGCUACAACUACUGGAGCGCAACUCUGCAAAAACUUCACAAUACGUUUAUAUGUUAUAUCCCCUAUGUCAACUUUAUAACAAACCCAAUCAUAUAUGGAUGGAGAACAGGGGAGAUAAAGAAGGGAUACGCGAGGCUUUUGAAGGGAUGUUUCGGACGACUGCCAGGUACCACUUUGGACUUAAGUACUCCCGAGACGCAGUAUUCCAAAGUUAAUCGUCGUCUGGACAAUCAAAAUGCAGCUCCACUCAUACGAUGCAAUACAGACACAGUGCAGGUACCAUCAUAUUAACUCAUCAUGAAAAAACAUGACACGUCAUUUCUUCUCAGUAUUACAAAGGAAAUAUGCGAUGAGUAUCAGGAUGAUGUGUACUCUGUGCAAAGCAGGGCCGUGGAGGGUUCGUGCGAACCCAUCCUAAAUUUUGCUUCAAAAAAUUCGAAUCCGCCUAUUCCGGCAAUUAUGCGAACUCCUCAAUAUUUGACUUAAUUUUUGUAGUAUUUCAGUACAAAAUUAUUGUUUUUAAAUACCUAAGAUAUCUAAGGUAUUUGCAAAGAUGGAAAUAUGUGCGAUGUCUAACUUUAUCUUGGGUAAAAAACGAUCAAUUUUCAGAUGGGCGAUAAUAGCUUUGCACUUGGCAUUUUAGGCCUGAAAUACUGAUCUAAUACCAUCAAUUAGACACGUCGCAAAAAGGUGGCGCACUUGUGAUUUUAGGGUAUCGCAUGAAUGUAACUUUAAUUCUUUGGAAUAUAACGUAAUAUUCUAAUUAAAGUUAUUUAUUCCAUAAUACUACUGUUUUCCCAGGGAAAUAUGAAG